UCGGAACCUGUCGUUGGACGCGUCCUCUUCCCGUCUUCCGUCUAAACCGCUGCUUUUCGUUCACGAUCAGUUUUGCGGUCAUCAUCAGCAGCAGCCGCAUCAUCACUGACUGAUGACCUCCAUCCAUCUCUGUCGUCGACCAUCUCUCGUUCUCUCAUCCUCCAGGCUCCUCAGACCGUGUGUCCUCCAUCCACCAUGCUGCAGAUCGGGGACGAGGUGAUGUGCUUCUCUGCGGUGUUUCUGCUUCUGUUGUUGGGGACCAGGAGCGCUACGGGAGCCUGCCUCCUCACCGCAUUCCUCUACGUAUUCAUGGUGAUGUUCCGCUUCCCCCCGGUGCCAGCGGACCGGGCCGGCCACGUCCUCCGGCCCAGGGCUCUUUCUGCAGGCGGCGUGCCGGUGGUGGCGCACCGCGGAGGCAGCCAUGACGCUCCGGAGAACACGGUGGCAGCGAUCAGAGAGGCCAGUAGGAACGGGGCCACUGGAGUGGAGCUGGACCUGAGUUUCACCGCUGAUGGUGUGCCGGUCCUGAUGCACGACGAGACUGUGGACCGUACGACCAAUGGCUCCGGACCAGUUAGCAAACUGCAAAUUGUCCAAAUCAGGAGAUUAGAUGCUGCUGCUCACCACAGGCUGAAAGACAAGUUCGGUGGAGAGAAGGUCCCAACUCUGCAGGAGGCCGUGGAAGAGUGCAUGAGACACAAACUGACCAUCGUCUUUGAUGUCAAAGGUCAACCUGAUAAGGCUGCAUCAGUGCUUCAUGAGAUGUACAAGAAAUUCCCCGUCCUUUACAAUUCCAGUAUUGUUUCCUCCUUUGAGCCCAAAGUUAUCUACAAGAUGCGUCAGACUGACCCCGACGUGGUCACAGCCCUGACCCACCGGCCCUGGAGACUGAGCCACUUCGCUGACGGCACUCCUCGGACGCCGUCGGCGUGGGGUCAGCUCUGGACGGGGUUUCUCGACGUCUUGUUGGACUGGGCCCAUCAUCACAUACUGUGGAAACUUUGCGGCGUCUCUGCCAUCCUCAUGCAGAAAAACUUUAUCUCGUUGGACUACGUUCAGUACUGGGCAGAGCGAGGUGUGGAGGUGAUGGGCUGGACCAUAAACACCGCUGUGGAGAAAGACUAUUACCAAAAUGUUCUCAAGAUCGGGUACAUCACUGACAGUCUGCUGGGAGACUGUGAUCCUCAUUACUGAAUCACACACUCACACAAAGUCAGUAUUAUUGCAACCUUUUUCAGUUUCUUAACACACAAAACGGACACAUUUACAGAUGAAGUCUAAAUUAGUGCUGUCAGCAAGUCAACAUGUUUGGUGAAAGACGACAUUUAUUCACUGACAACAAGCCUAACGAGAGUUGUGGCUCCUUAUUGGAUAAAGUGUUGUGGGGAUACUCUCACACCUGAGACUGAGGCCAAAUCCAUACUAUGUGGUUUUAAUUUCAAAAUGAGCAGCAUCCAGUCGAGGCUUUUCAGCUCAGGAUCAGAAGGAGGCUGCGUCCAUACGACCACACCCCGAAAACAUAUAUAAUGAGAGCAUUCAGGUGCACUGGGCAUGAGCAUGCAGGUGUAAACAGGAGACUGAUUCUGCCCCACCGUUUCAAACCACAGACACAACAAACUUUGUAACCAAUUUCCAAUGUUUCAAUCCUGACAAAGCACAGACUAGACGAUGCACUCCAGACGCAGGACCACACGUUUGGCGUUUAAUCAAACGAUUUCCGGGCGGAGCUUCCAGGGAUUGAGGAUCUCACAGAAACUCAGAAAUUUAACGUGACUUCAGACAUGGAGGCGGAGUGUCGGCGUCAUCAGUUAAUAGCUGUUGUGUGCGGACGAAGUCAUCGCUGAGAAGACGGAAUCAACUAAACAGAAGUACGCAACAUCCGUUUCCCAAUCACUAAUUAGUUGUAAAUAUCAAACGCUAAUUUGGCCAAAUAAUUUGUUCAAGUGGGAAGCCACCCUCGAUGUCAGAAUGGCCAGAUUUGGACCAAACUCUGGGUAAUUAUCGUCUUUUUUGGGGCAAGCUUUAGUUUCAAAAAAGUCCUGAGCUGAUGCUUUACAGCUCCUUUAUUUUUCUCUAAACCGAUAAAACAUUGUGAACCAAAAAAAAAAGAAAAUGAAUGUGAGCAACAAAGAUAAUAUCCAGUUCCGCAUGCCCAGACUAAAAUCCAUCUAAACAGAGCUAGCAGCGUUUACAGCGUUUACAGUGUCAGUUAUUGGAGCCGCAUUAUAUGGAGGACAGGAGUAUCUAGAGUAAAAGUUAUGCAGUGUUUUACGUUUUUAAUGAAAACAGAGUAAUGUGAAUGUAGUCACUCUGGAUCAGUGACAGCUGUCAAAAUAUAGAGCUCAUUAACACAUAUUUCAACAAAGCGAUUUCCCUGACAGCAGCUUUAAGGAUGAAUUUGGUCUUAACUAACUAGCACUACAUUAGUCUAUUUGCAGAACGCAUGAUUUAUUUUAGAGAUAAGACGAGAUCAUGACCUGUAGCUGGCAUACAGGUGUUUUCCUUUAAAUCUUUAGACACAUUAGACCAAGAAGGUUCAUUUUCAUUUACAUCGGAACUCGGUAAAACCGAGACAAGUCGGUAAAAUCGUGCACACAAACGUACACCUGGACUAUAGCCGUUAGCAAUAGCAGUCAAUAACAGUACAUUUUACUGAUUUACUGUAAAACAAAUAUGACUGUAAAGUUGGUGGCAGCCAUCUUAGAAUCCUUUCCGAGUUAAAAAUCCGACUUCUGGCUACAAUGGGAACACACCACAAGGCCCGGGUGACACUUUCCACAUCCACUCUGGUCCAUGAGGGUCCACAUUACACAAAUUCAUCCAACCAUUUCCACGGUGGUCCACACAGAUGAACAAGAGCAGCCCUACAGCGUUGAGUCCAAGUGGACUGGACUCAUGUACCAUGACACUUUCCUAUCCAGUCACUCUUUUAGUUUAAGGAGACAACGAAAAAGACAGUAACCAUGGAAACUUGUGGUUGUGGUUACAUGAGGAAGUAUGCUCCAGAAUUCCUGAGGAGAAGUUGCCACCGCUGUAGUGAAUUGUUAGAAUGAGCUUUAGUCUGAAUGGAACCAUGCUCAUGGUACGUACAUGUGGAAAGUGUGACCCAGGCUAAAACCUCCUCAUCCUUAUCCUAUGACCAGCAGCAGCACCUCCAGCUCUCCUGAACCAGGUUUUUGGAUCAUGGUAAAGACCUUCUCUACCUUCAGAGCUGAUCUUUCAGUGGCUUUGUUGCCUUCACUGUAAAUAGAUUUUACACCUUCUUGCAUCGUGCCUGCCCUCAUGAUAUUUAUUUAAUAAUGAACUACAGAAGAUCUUGGGUGAAUGUGUCGUAUAAAGUUUAUACGUCACAUUCACUUGCCUGCCGUUGCUGCGCAAACACAGAGUGUUUGAGAGUGACUCAACUGUAAGAAACAACAAAGUUUGGUUAAUCCUUAAGGGGAAAGUGAAUGCUUUUGUUCAACUGUGUACUGGCCUACAAAUGUAACCAGUUUGACACAUGUCAGCUAUUGUGUAAUAUGAGGAUAAUACGUGUAAUUCCUGUUUAAAGAAACGGACUGUAAAAAAUUCUGCCUGAAAAAGCCAAUCAGGAGUAACUGCAGCCCAAGAAACAAGAGUGACAACAUUUCUUGUUGGUAAAAGCUUAACCACCUCAUCUCGUUACCCACACAUUUAUUCUGUAAGGUAUUUAGUUGAAUAAUAAUAUUAAUAAUAAUAAUUCUCCUGCAUUUAAUUUUUACAUUUUCAUCAAAAUAUUUGAAUUUUUGUCUCAAAUAAACCUUGAAAGUAUUGAAAGCCAGUUUGCAAAUAUGAAGUGCAUAGAAUUGUUUAAGUGAGAAUUGUAAGCAAAUAAAUUUUAUUCAACAAACAUG